ACAGAUAACUUAUAUGAUUUAAUGCGCAACGCUAGAGAUUUGUCAGUCCCCAUGUAUGUUCCGAAAUCUAAAACGACUUCCUUACUCCCAUAUCAUAUUCGUAAAAUUAUUCAAUAUAAAAAUUAUAUGUGUCGACUAGAUAACCGUUUGCUAAAUGGAUAUUAUAAGAAGCAUAAUCGACGUAAAAUAAAUCAACUGUGUGACCAAAUAAGAUUUCAAAUUAGUAAACAUCUCGAUACUGUCUGGGAUAAAAAACUUUUGAAAAUUGAUAACCCUUAUUCAAAUUUAUGGAAAUUGUUUCGAUCCUUAAAGCCUAAAUCUACAAAUUUAUCCUCUUGAUGGAA